GAAAAGUCAUAGUUACGGAAGUAAACAAACAUGGUGGACUUGGUGUAAAAAGUAUUCUCACAAAACUACACAGUUUCUGCAUUUUUUCCGAUAUCGACAUAAACAACCACAAAUUAAAAUGUCUUCUGAGGGUGAUCAGUAUGCCGAACAGGCAAAGAAAAUGGUAGAUGAUGUGAUUGCGCUUGCAAUAAAACGUCUUGAGACUGACUUGUCAAUCAUGUCAGAAAGAGAAAAGACGUUCGAAUCUUUGAAGUACAGCGAGAUGUCCAGGGAAUCUACAUUCAUCAGGGAGGACGAUUAUGUCAUCGAAAAUAUAUCAUGGCUGUCAAUUGGAGACUUUAGCACUCAGACGGCUGAAAAGAAAAUUGAUGAUUUUAUCAAGACAUGGAAAUAUGACAAGAGUUGGCUGUACUGCAUAGACUAUCUUGGCUGUGAUGAACACGAGUUUGAUACAAGACACAGAUUCCGUGUGCGAUGGAGUGUGCCAACACGUAGGAAACCUAUUCCAAGGGCAACAGCCUGUGUAUACUUCACAUUUCAAGUGUCAAAAAUAAAGCCUAAGUCCCAUCCAGUAGAAGUGUUUUACGUCUUUGAAACCAAUAGACUCGUUCAUCGACCGGGCGAGUCGAGGUUUCGUGAGAAAUGGCUCAAGGACAUUAUUGAAAGCAAGGUCAUGAUGAUGCAGGCCCUGGCAUUCUGAAUACAGGGAAUUAUCUGUCUUAUGUUAUGGACUUUUUACAAACUUUUGACACAUUUUUUUCAAUGUUUCCAAUGUAUUCAUAUGGACUAUUUAUAUAAAUUUUGAAUUUUUAGCAAAUGCAAAUUACUGCUUAAAAAUGGUGUACAAAUUACAAACAAUAUUGAUUUGGGUUAGAAACUUCAUGGACUGUUUAUAACUGAUUUUGAAUCUAUGAUUUUUAAUCAUUAUGCAUGUUUACAAAUCUAUGUGUACAUUUAGUGAAAACAUUAUGGACUAUUUAUUAUAAAUGAAAAGUUUGUGUUUAAUACUUGUUAAUAUGUUCAUAAUAAGAAAACAAAUAACACCAUUUAUGUUGAUA